GUCUCUUUAAGAAAAGUGUAGCCCAGUAGCAGAGGAAGGCCCUGCCUCCCAGAGCUUGUAGCACUCUACUUGGGCUGUGGAAGGGGAAACAGUUCUUGAUCUUCAUCGGAAUACAAUACACACACACAUAGGCAGCCACCCCAACUCCAGCUCCCACAGUAACAUCUAGCGUGGAGAUCAGCACUCCAGCCUGGCUCCCUGACACAGGAUGGACGUUCCUGAGCACUGAGCUCAGCUGCUGUAAAAAGCAAGUAGGAAAACAUACAGCUGGAUAAAAUUGAUCAUGAUCAGUAGAUAGCAACCCACACCAUGACCAUGGCUCCCCGGAAAAGGAAUCGUCAUACGUUGGGGUUUCUUUGCUGCUUCGGGGGAAGUGACCUCCCUGAAAUCAACCUCAAGGAUAAUAACCCCCUCCAGUUCUUGGAGUUCUCUGUCCCCAUCCCACCAGCGGAGGAGCUCAAUGCGAGGUUCUCUGAACUUGUGGAUGAACUGGAUCUCACGGAUAAGAACAGAGAGGCUAUGUUUGCACUCCCGCCAGAGAAGAAAUGGCAGAUAUACUGCAGCAAAAAGAAGGAACAAGAGGACCCUAAUAAACUUGCUACCAGCUGGCCGGAUUACUACAUUGACCGCAUCAACUCCAUGGCUGCAAUGCAGACCUUGUAUGCUUUUGAUGAAGAAGAAACUGAAAUGAGGAAUAAAAUAGUUGAAGAUUUAAAAACAGCUCUGCGGACUCAACCCAUGAGGUUUGUGACCAGGUUUAUUGAACUAGAUGGCUUGACCUGUUUGUUGAAUUUCCUGAAGAGCAUGGACUAUGAGACCUCAGAGAGCCGCAUACACACAUCCGUUAUAGGGUGUAUCAAGGCACUAAUGAACAACUCCCAGGGACGGGCACAUGUCCUGGCCCAUCCAGAAAGUAUCAAUAUCAUCUCCCAGAGCUUACGGACUGAGAACAUCAAGACCAAGAUCGCUGUGCUAGAGAUCCUUGGGGCUGUCUGCCUGGUGCCAGAUGGCCAUAAGAAGGUCCUACAGGCCAUGCUUCACUACCAGGUCUAUGCUGCAGAGAGAACAAGAUUUCAGACACUGUUGAAUGAGCUAGACCGAAGCAUGGGGCGCUAUCGGGACGAGGUGAAUCUCAAAACAGCCAUCAUGUCCUUUAUCAAUGCUGUUCUGAAUGCUGGUGCGGGCGAGGACAAUUUGGAAUUCCGAUUGCACCUGAGAUAUGAGUUUCUGAUGCUGGGUAUUCAACCUGUUAUUGACAAGCUAAGAGGACAUGAAAAUGCAACUUUAGACAGGCACUUGGAUUUCUUUGAGAUGGUGAGGAAUGAGGAUGAUCUGGAACUUGCGAAGCAGUUUGAUGUUAUUCACAUUGAUACCAAAAGCGCCUCUCAGAUGUUUGAGAUGAUCAAGAAGAGACUGAAGCACACGGAUGCCUAUCCCUAUUUGCUGUCAGUCCUUCAGCAUUGUUUGCAGAUGCCUUAUAAGCGGAAUGGGGGACAUUUCCAGCAGUGGCAGCUGUUAGAUAGAAUACUACAACAAAUCAUUCUUCAGGAUGAGAAAGGGGAUGAUCCAGAUAUAGCUCCACUGGACAACUUCAAUGUCAAGAACAUCAUUAAGAUGCUGGUGAAUGAGAAUGAAGUGAAACAAUGGAGGGAUCAGGCAGAAAAAUUCAGAAAAGAACAUGCAGAGCUGUUGAGCAGACUGGAAAAGAAAGAGAGAGAAUGCGAGAUAAAGACCCAAGAGAAAGAUGAAAUGAUGAAGACAUUAAACAAGAUGAAGGACAAGCUGCAGAAAGAAUCCUUGGAACUGCGUCAGACCCGGGGCCAAAUGACUGACCUGGUAGCACAAUUCAAUGAGUUCUCGCAAGGAGGUGGCAUUUCCUUUCCACCUCCUCCCCCACCUCCUCCUGGUGGCCCCUUAGUUUUACCCUGCUCUCUGAUGGAGUGUUUACCCCCCGUGCCACCUCCACUCCCAUUCUCCAGCUGUCCCCCUCCGCCUGCUCCACCACCUCCACCAGGCGGACCACCACCCCCACCGGGAGCCCCUCCUUUCUUCAGUCUGGGGAUGAUGCCCCCUCCCACAACUACUUUCAGCAGCAGCGGGACCAAUCUGAGGAAGAAAUCUGUCCCACAACCUUCUCACCCUCUGAAAUCCUUCAACUGGGCCAAACUGAGUGAGGAGAAGAUUCAUGGCACCAUUUGGCAUGAAAUCGAUGAUUUAAAGGCUUUCAAGGUGUUGGAUCUGGAGGAUUUUGAAAAAAUGUUCUCUGCCUAUCAAAGACACCAGGACCUGCUAACUAACCCCUCCUCCUGUAAGCAGAAAGAGAUGGGGUCAACUGAGGACUUGUAUUUGUCCACACGAAAGGUUAAAGAGCUUUCUGUUAUUGAUGGCCGAAGGGCUCAGAAUUGUGUCAUUCUCCUCUCCAAGUUGAAGCUGUCCAAUGACGAAAUCAAACAGGCGAUCUUGAAGAUGGAUGAACAAGAAGACUUGGCCAAAGAUAUGCUAGAGCAGCUGCUGAAGUUUGUUCCUGAGAAGAGUGACAUCGAUCUAUUGGAAGAACAUAAACACGAAAUUGACCGCAUGGCCCGGGCUGAUCGAUUCCUCUAUGAAAUGAGCAGGAUUGAUCACUACCAGCAGCGGCUGCAGGCGUUGUUCUUUAAGAAGAAGUUCCCAGAGAGGCUGGCGGAAUGCAAGCCAAAAGUGGAAGCCAUUCUUCUAGCCUCCAAGGAGCUCACUCGCAGCAGGCAUUUGAAGCAGCUCCUUGAGGUUGUCCUGGCCUUUGGCAAUUACAUGAACAAGGGCCAGAGGGGAAGUGCGUACGGCUUCAAAGUCUCCAGCCUGAACAAAAUUGCAGACACCAAAUCCAGCAUAGACAGGAAUAUUACACUGUUGCACUAUUUAAUUAUGAUCUUUGAGAAGAACUACCCAGAUAUCCUAGACAUGCAGGCUGAGCUGCAGCAUCUUCCAGAAGCAGCAAAAGUCAACCUGAUGGAGCUUGAGAAGGAAGUUAACAACAUAAAGACUGGAUUGAAAGCCGUUGAGGUUGAACUGGACUAUCAGAAAAGACGCAUGCGGGAAACAGGGGACAGGUUUGUGCCUGUCAUGAGUGACUUCAUCACUGUGGCCAGUUUCAGCUUCUCGGAGCUGGAAGACCUUCUGAACGAGGCGAGAGACAAGUACGCCAAGGCGGUGAAGCUUUUUGGAGAAAACGAGGGUAAGAUGCAGCCAGAUGAAUUUUUUGGCAUCUUUGACACCUUCCUUCAGUCGUUCGCAGAGGCCAAGCAAGAUCUGGAGACUAUGAGGAAGAAGAAGGAGGAGGAGGAGCGCAGGGCACGCAUGGAGGCCAUGCUGAAAGAACAAAGGGAGAAAGAGAGGCGACAAAAGAAAGCACAAGCUGGAAGCGUCUCCGAGGAGAGUGGAGAGUUUGAUGACCUGGUGUCAGCCCUGAGGUCGGGUGAGGUCUUUGACAAAGAUUUAUCCAAGCUCAAGCGCAGCCGCAAGCGUUCAGGGAACCAAGGCUUGGAGACAAGUCGGGAGAGGGCAGUGACCAAACUAAAUUAUUAACAACAAAAGGAAGGAGGGGAUGUAAAGAGCAAGAACCAACACAAAGAAGAUGACGACAAAGGAAAAACCAAGAAAGAGGAAUAUGUGUGACAGCAAUUGGCUGAUGGUUGCCCGCAAGGGCUCACCAGCCCUUGGCCAGAGAUCAGUUUUCCUCCCUUCCUUCUCCUUCCCCGUGCACCUAAUGCGGAAUGGCUGGAAAAGUGCCUCUGGGGAACCACCAGGGUUUGUGACUGGGCCAUUCAGAUUAUUGGCCAAUUUACUUCUGGGAGUCUUGCCUCCAAGCUCAUCAAAGGCCCAUUGAUGACAACAGGAAGUACUUGGGCCUUGUGGACCACGGGGCAGCUGGGGGAAGGUCGUUCACUAUGUGCCAAAGUACAAAUAAGUAGUGUUCUCUGCCUGUUGAGAAUAAGCAAGACCAUUACUAUUUUAGACUGGCUCUGAACACACAUGACACUUCGUCGAGACCUGGAGCAGCCUUCGGGAGUUUGCAUGGAGUAGUUUUAAGAGAACUGGAUUUAGAAAGAGUCAUUGACUAGAACCUGAAAAAUGCUUUUGAUCUCACAUACUGUGUAUUUUUAUUUGUGUUUUUGUGGCCUGUAGUAUCCAAAGCAAGUGGCACUCAGAAGGGUAGGAAUGGGGUUUGGACUAAGAUGGAGUCCUGGCUCAAAAGCCCAUAAUUGGAAUUGAUAAAAGAAAAGCAUUUACAAAACUUUGAUUUUUUUUCUAAAGCCUUUCUCUGGAACCUGUUGAAGCUUUAAGGGAUAUUCUAGAACCCAAGAAGAUGGGAGAAGGCAAAAUACAUGUUGUAGAAUAGGUGUUCUAAUUUGGAGUCUAGAAAAAGAACCCACAGCUGAUUGGAGCCAGACCUAGAUGAUCCUACAGCCUACUGUAAUUGUCCAAGGGUGGGCAGGGAAUAGCACCUACUGGCUAUAAUUUCAUAUUGCUUUUGCAUCAUUUUGUUAGCAUCACCAAAUGGAAAGUGGGAACUGUCUGGGAUCAUCAUGUCUUAAAUAGAAACUGUCAAAUGGGGCCACUGGCAGUGGAAAUAGGAUAUUUUCUUUCCGCUUGGUGCCAGCUAUGACUUCAUUGGGACGAACUGGAGCUUGCAUCUAACAAGUUGGCCUUCUCAGCAAACCCCUGAGGGAACCAUUAAACAUCAUAAUAUAU